AUGUCUGGUAAGAUCAACCCUCUCAGCGUCGACUUCAUGCUCAUUUGUUCCUUAGAAGUCUCUCAAUCGUUGAUAUUAGCUGGACUUCCGGUCAACGAAUCCCACUAUGCUAUCCUAGAUUGUAUGUCUAUCAAGGACAUCAUCCUAAUGUCCAAAAUUUCUCCGGUAACGAAGGACAUCGUCGAUGAGUACCUCCAGUCACGAUGGCAUCGUCAUCUCAGGAGAUACGUGAAGCAGCCGCACCUCUUCCGCGUUAUCCUCAGGCGUACUCGUUCUGUCAUAUCCGGGUCUUCUGCCCUCCACUUCGUCUUACCAGGUCCAAAACACUGGACUCCAAAUGACUGCGACGUAUACACACCAUCUGGGAAAGGUUCCCAUGUCAUCAAAUAUCUCUGCGACCAUGAAGGAUUCGAGACAUCGUCCACUUAUACUACCAACUCCGGAAGGUCUGCACAUUACGGGACCGUAAAAUCCUGCAUCGCCUCCGUGACGAAGCUAACGAAGACCGGGAGUAACAAAAGGAUCGAUGUGAUAGAGAGUGCAACCUCAUCCUCUAUUCACCCCUUGGCGUACUUCUGGUGCACCCUUCUUCCCAACUACAUUUCUGCGGACUCCAUUUGCAUUCCUUUCCCUGCGCACGCAUUGCACGGACGUGGCUGCCGUAACGAAGAAGCAGCUACUGACGAGCUGGAACAAAAAUACAAGUUCCGUGGUUUUACCAUCUCUUCGUUCCUAUCCAACAUGGAGACGGUUGUCGACUCCUACCCUCGCAUAAAGAACAACUGUGCCGCCAACCCAUACUGUCCGCAUAUGAAUCGCUCUUUCGGGGACAAGUGGUGUCUCCAAAUCGUUUUCGACGAGAGCUUGGCCGAAGGAAACGCGGUAGACACACUCACUCCUCAGUGGAGAUAUGGCGGAGGACAGUGUGGUAUGUGCAGGGCGAGCACCAAGCAGGAGGUGAAACUCAUUGUUCGAUAG